AUGGCCAGCGGUUCACCGAAUCUACAGCAUAAGCUGUCACAUCAAGGUUUAGUUCACGUAGCAAUUUACAAUCACGGUGGACAAUAUAUCUUAACAGCUGGUCAAGAACGUAUCAUUCGUCUUUGGAGUGCCAAAACUGGCAACUUGAUUAAAGAAUAUCCUGGUCAUGGUUAUGAAAUCUUAGGAAUCGCAGUUGCUCCUAGUAAUUCUUUCUUUGGAAGCGUUGGUGGUGAUCGAUCUGUUUAUUAUUGGGAUGUAGGUACUGGAACAGUUUUGAAACGGUUCAGUGGACACUCAGGUGUGGUAAAUGCAUGUGCAUUUAGUUUUGAUGGAAACUUACUUCUCAGUGGAGGCUUCGAUUCUCAUGUUAGAAUUUGGGAUAUCAAAUCACAACAACGACAUCCUAUUCAAACUCUAGAUCAGGCCAAAGAUUCCAUCACUUCCAUCAUUGUACGUGGGAGUGAGAUCCUUACUGGUUCAGUGGAUGGUUAUGUAAGAGCCUAUGAUAUUCGUAUGGGACAAUUGACGCAAGACUAUUUCGAAGAUCCCGUAACAUCCAUUCAUUUAUUAAAUGAUUCUAAAACCAUGACUGUCUCAACACUUAAUUCGACUAUCAGACUUAUUGAUCGUGAAAGAGGUGAGAUGUUACAGAAAUUCACUGGACAUCGAUCACAAAGUUAUAGAAGUCAUACAAGCAUUAGUUUUGAUGAAGCACAAGUCUUGGCUGGUGAUGAAGAUGGGUUAUUAUGGGCUUGGGAUUUAGAAAGUGUGAGUUUUGAAAAUUUUGAAGCUCAUAAAAAAGUGAUCACUUGGGUUGAAUCUGAUCCUAAACAUCCGGGACAAUUGAUCACUGCUAGUGCAGAUGGAUUGGUCAAGAUUUGGGGUCCUGAUAAAUAG